AUGUCGGCCAUUUCAACAUUGGAUUAUGUGAGCCCUCCUCUUACGACGGAUAAUGACCAUAACCAUAGUGGACUGGUUGUGGUCAUCACCGCAGUCAACUUGUGUUUGGUUUUAUUUUCUCUCGCAGCACGCACCUUCUCGGCCUAUCAAAGGAAAGGCCUGCAGCGAGAUGAUUACACGUUUGGGGCUUUCGUGCUUGUAGCAAUUGUGCAGAUUAUAACUGUGUUUUGUGAGGUCCAUUAUGGGUGGGGAACUCCGAUCGAUGGCAUUGAGACUACAGGCAAAGAGCAAAUGUUGAAGAAAUUUAACAUUAAGAAGAUAGUAUAUGCUGCCGAUAUUUUCUCCAUUAUUGUGCUGGGGCUUUCAAAGAUGACAGUCUGCAUGUUCUAUAAGGGUCUAUUCUCCAGGAUACAACGUAAAUUUUCCUACGUUCCCCUGCUGGUGACGGUCGUGUGGACGGUCGUAUCCGUGCUUCUAUUAGGAGCUCGGUGUUCUUCUCACCCUUGGUCCGAAAUCAGCGCCACUGAAUGUAGUGGAUUGCGUCCCCGCUGGGAAGUCAUCACAGCACUCGACAUUUCCACCGAGAUUUUGCUUCUUGUGUAUGUGGCAUUUGCAAUCCGUAAAGUCAAGAUUUCGACAAAGAAAAAGAUCAUUGUAUUUUUUGCCCUUGAGAGUCGCAUCUUGCUCAUACCCAUGGCAGCAGUUCGUCUACACUUCAUCCUAGUCCAACUCUCCUCGAAAGACCCAACCCUCCUUGGGUCCUUUGCUGCGGUCUCAACAGAGAUAUAUAUAGGGUUAAGUGCCUGCUGCCUCUUGACGGCCUUCCUCAAGUCCUUCAUUGCAGUAUACGAUGAUGAUACGGGGAUAACAUAUACAUAUCGGGGGCCAUCAAAGUCUGGUUCUCAGUCGGGAACUGCUACACCAAUGAAUAUAUCGUCUCACAGGCUCUCCCGUAGCGUGAGAACAAACCAAAGAUCCAAGGGCUGGGAGCGAGAAGAAGACCCAAUUAUCGAAUCAUCCGAGGGCAAUCAAGGGUUACAGAUUAUGAAAACUGUACAUUACAGCGUGCGAGAGGAGUCUCUAGAGCUGUCAGAGAGUGGGGGGGGGGACUACAAGUAUCUAAUAAACUCAUUCAGCUCGAACCUAUUAUACAACUAUCAAAGCUCGACUGAAUAG